AUGAACUCUCCUUUGGGGCCAAGAGUCUCACUGGACCCAGCACAGGAGCCCAGCUGUGUGGCCACCCCAGUCUCACCCAGCAGGUGGGACAGCUCCCAGAGCAGCACCUCCAGCCUGGACCAACCUUUGCCCAUCAGUCCCACGGUAGCUGGGGCUCAGGCUGCUGCCUGGGUCCCCUUCCCCACAGUCGAUGUUCCGGACCAUGCCCACUACACCCUUGGCGCAGUGGUCCUGCUGGUGGGCCUCACAGGAAUGCUGGGCAAUCUGACAGUCAUCUAUACAUUUUGCAGGAGCAGAGGCCUCAGGACACCUGCCAACAUGUUCAUUAUCAACCUUGCAAUCAGCGACUUCCUCAUGUCCUUCACUCAGGCCCCCGUUGUCUUUGCCAGCAGCCUCUAUAAGCGGUGGCUCUUUGGGGAGGCAGGCUGCGAGUUCUAUGCCUUCUGUGGGGCUCUCUUCGGCAUCACCUCCAUGAUUACCCUGACGGCCAUCGCACUGGACCGCUACUUGGUGAUCACACGCCCACUGGCCACCAUUGGGGUGGUGUCCAAGAGGCGGGCAGCACUUGUCCUGCUGGGUGUCUGGCUCUACGCCCUGGCCUGGAGUCUUCCACCCUUCUUUGGCUGGAGUGCCUACGUGCCCGAGGGGCUGCUGACCUCUUGCUCCUGGGACUACAUGAGCUUCACGCCAUCAGUCCGUGCCUACACCAUGCUGCUCUUCUGCUUUGUAUUCUUCCUUCCUCUGCUUGUCAUCAUCUACUGCUACAUCUUCAUCUUCCGGGCCAUUCGGGAGACAGGCCAGGCUCUCCAGGCUUUCGGGCCCUGCGAGGGCCGCAGUGAAUUGCCCCGGCAACAGCAGCGGCUGCAGAGUGAGUGGAAAACGGCCAAGAUUGUGCUGCUAGUCAUCCUUCUCUUCGUGCUCUCCUGGGCCCCCUACUCCACUGUGGCCUUGAUGGCUUUUGCUGGGUACGCGCAUGUCCUGACGCCCUACAUGAACUCAGUGCCAGCCGUCAUCGCCAAGGCCUCUGCCAUCCACAACCCCAUCAUUUACGCCAUCACCCACCCCAAGUACAGAAUGGCCAUAGCCCAGCACCUGCCCUGCCUAGGUGUGCUGUUGGGCGUAUCGGGCCAGCACACUGGCCCAUACACCAGCUACCGCUCCACCCACCUCUCCACACUGAGCAGCCAGGCCUCGGACCUCAGCUGGAUCUCCAGACGGAGGUGCCAGGAGUCCCUGGGCUCUGAAAGUGAGGUGGGCUGGACAGACAUGGGGGCAGCAGCUGUGUGGGGGGCUGCCCAGCAAGUGAGUGGCCAGUCCCCCUGCAGUCAGGGCCUGGAGGACGUGGAAGCCAAGGCCCCUCCUAAGCCACAGGGACAUGAAGCAGAGGCUCCCAGGAAGGUGCUGCUCUCCAGCCUGGACUCCAGGAUAUAG